CAAGGAACAGUGAACUAUCACUCUAGUAAUCAAACCGAAAAAAUUUCUUCUAAGGAUCAAACCACAUGUAAUGAUGAUGGAUGGAACGAUGGCUGGUAUAUGACUCCUGAAACGCAUUACUCUGCUGCUGAAGAAGUGGAAGCAAGUGCUGUUGGAAAAGAUCAAGGAAUGGGCAUUCACGGCAAGCAGCAUGCUUCCAGAAGCAACAAAGAUGGAGGAAGUAACUAUGGUGACCCUAAAAAAGCCAAUAAGAAGGAUUUCAAUAAAGCUCAUAUGCAGAACUCUGGCCAGGGGUUUAGUCAACCAGAUCUUCCCGUUGCUUCAAAAGAAAGCCGUGGCCCUGGAGAUCAAGUGUGGCAUACAGCUAAUAGGACAGGUAAGUAUGGAGGUCGUGAAAGUACGAGGGAGAAAACUUAUGGAUCUCAGAAAAAAGAUGUUGCUGGAUACGAGCAUCAAGGGGUUUCUACAGAACAGAAAAUGACACCAGCUGAUACACAACAAGCCCAGUCGCAAAACCGAUCUACCAAUAAGGAUGUCCAGGUUGAGCAUAAUCCGAAUAGUAUGUUCCAAAAGAACACAGGGCAGGGUCGACGAUUUGGAAGAGGGCAU